CAGCAGCAGCAGCAACAGGUCCCGAGGCGCGCGGAGCUCCUCUACUGCAACUUCCAAUGGCGAAAGCGAAGGCUCUGCUGGUGGGCUGCCUCGUUCUGGUGGGCAUCGCCUGCACGGUCGCCCUGGUCGCUCUGUGCAUCGCGGCGCUGGCGGACGGGAGCUGCUCCUCCGGCGGAUUCAGACACGCGGCGGUGUCCGCAGACUCUCCCACGUGCUCCGAGAUCGGCAGGAACAUGCUGCAGCGCGGGGGAUCGGCGGUAGAUGGCGCCAUUGCAGCUCUGCUGUGCACCUCUGUGGUCAACCCUCAGAGCAUGGGCAUCGGAGGCGGCUCCAUCGUGACCGUGAGGAACAAGACAGGGGGUGUCCAGGUGUUUAACUUCAGAGAAACUGUCCCAAAGUCAUUCAAACCCAACCUGUUAAAUGACUGCCCCACUAAAUUCACGCUGUCCACUGGUGCCCAGUGGAUUGGCGUUCCUGGAGAGCUUCUGGGCUAUGAGGAGCUUCAUAAACAGUAUGGGAAGCUGCCCUGGGCCAAGCUGUUCGAGCCAACUAUUCAGCUGGCCAGGGAAGGCAUGCCGAUGCCAGCCUAUCUGGGGAACUUCAUGAAGUCUGACAUUGUGAAAAGCUACGUGGAAAACACAUCUCUCUGUGAAAUUUUGUGCAACAAGAACAAAACUAUUCUGGGAAAAGGAGACAUCCUGAAGUUUCCUAAACUUGCAGAAACCAUGGAAACCAUCGCACAGAAAGGGACAGAUGCCUUUUACAACGGCAAGAUCGGACAGGACUUGAUUCAAGACAUAAGAGCCGCAGGCGGCACCUUAAAAAUGGAGGACCUGAGAUCCUUCAGGGUUCGGGUUCAGGACGCCUGGACCGUUUCACUGGGAGACGAUCAGAUGCACAUCCCCCCACCGCCUGCUGGAGGCGCUCUGCUCGCCUUCAUUCUUAAAAUCAUGAAAGGAUUCCCACUGACUCCAGACUCGCUGGCUGGUGACAAGAAAAUUCAGAUGUACCAUCGUUAUAUAGAGGCAGCCAAAUUUGCAAAUGGACAGAAGAAGUACGUUCGUGAUCCAGGCUAUAACCGUGAAAAGAGCGCUGACCACUUGCUUGACCCCUCGUUUAUCAAUCGCAUCAGGGAGAUGAUCUCAUCAAAUCGCACUUUCGACAACUCUUACUACGACAACGUCAGCCCCGUCUCCGACCACAUCGGGACCACGCACGUGUCCGUCCUGGAUGAAGAUGGACUGGCGGUUUCAGCAACAAGCACAAUAAAUCAACUAUUUGGAGGAGCCGUUUACUCUCCACGAACCGGCAUCAUUCUCAACAACGAGCUGGCUGACUUCUGCGGGCGAGCGGACACGCUGCGGGCAGGUGAACAGCCUCCCUCCUCCAUGAGUCCUGUGAUUCUGGAGUCAAAGUCUGGACGCAUCCUGGUGAUCGGAGGAUCAGGAGGAAGCCUGAUCACCACAUCCGUGGCUUUGUCUUUAAUCAAUCACCUGUGGCUGGGGAUGGACCUGAAAGACGCCAUUAAAGCUCGCAUCGUGUUCGUGGAUUCACAGAACAAUGUGAAUUUUGAGCCUGGCUUUGACGAGGGUGUGGCGCGGGGACUCGGGGCUCUCGGACACAGUGUCGGGAGGUGGAAAUACUUCCUCAACGUGGUCAACGCGGUGGAAAAAGACAACGGCUGCAUCAGGGCCGUGUCCGACUGCAGGAAGAUGGGCGGGUCGGCUGGAUACUGACCGCACAGACGCUCCACCUCCCCACCAAAAUCUGACCUUAACACUGACGAAAAACAACCUUCGGCCUCUAAAACCACUGAAUGUGACGCAACAGCAAAAUGCACAAGUUUUCCUGUGAAGCUUUCCGAGAGAACAACACAGUGUAGCAAAGAAAAAAAAAACACCAACUCAGCCUGAAGCUAGUUUCCAAUCGAUUGUGACAGUUUUUAAAGCUUUGGAAAU